UGCUCUCCCUCCGCACUCUGGUUUUACCAUCUGUUUCGCAUAUUAUUCUUGUAUCUAGACUGAACCAUGAUCAUUCGAAUACGUACCUGAAUCCGCCUGUGGCGACAAUAUCGACUUACCCUAUAGCUACCUAGAUACCAUUAGUUUCACCACUACUUCCAGACCGCUUCCCCGGAUCUUGCUACUACACACCACCCGAAUCAUGCCGCAGGCCGGCCAGAAACAGACCCCUGAGGAGCGCCGGCGAGGUGAACUGGCACUGAGUGAAUUCGCCGACUACGUCGCAAAGGAACAGGCUCAUCGCGCGGUCUAUGGCAUCGCUGCCAAUGCUCCUGGUGCUUUCAGCGAUAGCGGAUACUCGACAACCAGCCCGUCUAUAGUCACUGAAGACCAUGCGGAGUUGGACAUCUUGGACCAGUUGGGACUGUCAGAUGCCCCCAGCAAUGUCCGGUUAAAAGACCUCCUGCUUGGCACCGAAACAGAACCCGAGAGCAGUCUUCAGCUGCUGGCUGGGAUCAUACAAUCUCGAAUUGACGAAGGCCAUGGCGAGACGCUGUUCGAUCUGGGCCAGGAGGACAACGGAGAGUCGAUGGGGUUUGACAUCACGCAGUGGAAUACGGCCCUGGCUCGGCUACGAGAGGCAGCUGAGACGAUUCCUGCACACUGUCGGGUUCUAUUGACGUACAAUGUGGGUGGCCCGGAGGAGACAACGACAAAAUCAGACAAGGUGAAGGGCUCCUGUGGCAAGAUCUUGAUCCGGCAGGUCCCCGGAUCGGCGGAGGAAGUAAUUGAGACAAGAAUUGCAGUUGUGGGAAAUGUUGACGCUGGAAAGAGCACUAUGCUGGGUGUUCUGGUGAAAGGCAGCCUGGAUGACGGCCGUGGACGCGCUCGGGUCAGCCUCUUCCGUCACAAGCAUGAGAUCGAAAGUGGACGUACCAGCUCUGUUGGCAUGGAGAUCAUGGGCUUUGACAGCUAUGGGAAUAUCGUGAGUAGCACACAAGGACGCAAGCUAUCCUGGGAGGAGAUUGGUAAAAAGGCCGCGAAAGUGAUAUCUUUCUCUGACCUGGCUGGCCAUGAACGCUAUCUCCGCACGACCGUGUUUGGGAUGCUGAGCAGCAGCCCCAACUAUUGCCUGCUGAUGGUGGCCGCCAACAACGGCUUGAUCGGUAUGAGUAAGGAACACCUAGGGAUUGCGUUGGCGCUCAACGUGCCUGUGAUGGUGGUGAUUACGAAAAUCGACAUCUGCCCUCCACAGAUUCGGGAGCAGACGAUUACUCAGUUGACGCGAAUUCUCAAGUCCCCAGGAGCUCGCAAAAUUCCCAUUUUCGUCCAAGACAUGGAGAGCACCAUCAAUACCGCGACUCAAUUCGUCAGCAAACGUAUCUGCCCUAUCUUUCAGGUUUCUAACGUCACGGGCGAGAGUCUUGAUCUGGUGCGGACAUUUCUAAAUAUCCUCCCUCACUACGGUUACUACAACCCGGAGGCGCCAUUUGAGUUCUUGGUCAACGAUACAUUCUCCGUCCCCUUCGUGGGGACAGUCGUCUCUGGCGUGGUGAAGUCCGGGGUUGUCCAUGCCGGUGACACGGUGCAGAUAGGCCCCGACUCUCUUGGUCAGUUCACGACUACGACAAUCAAGUCCAUUGAGCGCAAGCGUAUCCCAGUCAAUGUGUGCACGGCGGGACAGUCUGCCUCCUUCGCAUUGAAGCGUGUCCGGCGAAAGGAAGUCCGUAAGGGCAUGGUGGUGCUGCCUAAGCUCGAAGGCCCUCCUAAGGUGUAUCGAGAAUUUGUUGCUGAAGUUCUCAUCCUAUCACAUGCGACGACGAUCAAACCGAAGUAUCAAGCCAUGCUCCACGUGGGAGCGGUUAGCCAGACGUGCGCCAUCAUUGAUAUUGAUCGUGCAUUCAUCCGGACGGGUGAUCGGGCGCUGGUCGCCUUCCGUUUCGUCCAACGACCCGAGUUCCUUGCUGUUGGAGAUCGAGUGCUCUUCCGAGAGGGUCGGACGAAAGGUCUGGGGAUCGUCAAGAGUGUCGGAUACGAUCCAGAGAAACCCCUGAAUCCGGAGGCCAAGGCCGCUAAGGAGGGUAAAUCAUCAGGAUAGCAAUGUUUAAUUUGACUUGCUCUGUGUCUUUGUGCCGAUUUCAUACAUUUCAUUAUUGGUCUUUUUUCUACUGCAAUCUCAUGCUUGCACGUGACGACCCGAACCAGAGGAUCGGGAUGUCCAAGGAUGAUAUCUAUGUGGUGAGCUUACAAUUUCAUGUCUACACCUUUGAUUAUACUGCAUAGAUAAGGUCCGGGGAGUUUUUUUCCUUUCCAGGCUUAGCUAGUAAUCGUUCGUUUUCCUUGUCCUGGCGGUGUAGCAUUAUUAUUGAGCAUCAGCACAUGCAUCAUUCUUCAAUCUGUGGCUGGAAAAAUAUGUCAAUAUCAUGCAUUAUU